GACUUCAGUCGUGGCAUUUGGUUUGGCGAGCUUUAUUAGGGCUCUCUAGGACUGGCACGACUGAUUGAUUUCACCUUCUCCUUCUUCGCUAUUGUAAUCUUGAAAGAGGUUUGAAGAAUCAAGAUUCACAGAGACACCCAUAAACUGCAAAGAUCAGCUCGCCUAAAUUGAUUUGAAUUCAAUUGGUUUCGCCCUGUAAAUACAGAUUAAUACGGAUUAUUAAUUAAUUAAUUCUCCGAUUAAUACCAGAUUCCAGUGGUGUGGUGUGGUGUGGUUGGAAUUAGGAUGGGGACAAGGUCCCAGCAGCAACCAGGACGAGAGCGAGCAGGGCAGGACGACGACGAAAUGGCCGGGGGUCAGUCCGUGUCGAUGAGCGGCAGCGUGGGCUCACCCUCCAGCCGCAGUGAGCAGACCAUGGCCACGCCCGCCGGCGACAACAGUUUUCUUCGAUUGAACCAUCCCGACGUUCACGGCGAUGACGCUGGCUCCCAAGGCGCCGUUGGGUCAGUCGCUUCCCUCCCUCCCUUUUCCUUCUGCUUCAGUAGCAAGAAGAAGAAGCGAGGGCAACGAGCCGUGGCAGGUGAUAAGAAUGGAAGAGGACUACGCCAAUUCAGCAUGAAAGUGUGCGAGAAAGUGGAGAGCAAAGGAAGAACCACUUAUAAUGAGGUUGCAGAUGAACUUGUAGCGGAGUUUGCUGACCCUAGCAAUGCUGUUACAUCCCCCGAUCAGCAGCAACAAGAUGAUGAGAAGAACAUCAGGCGAAGGGUAUAUGAUGCCCUGAAUGUUCUUAUGGCAAUGGAUAUUAUAUCUAAAGAUAAAAAAGAAAUACAAUGGAAGGGUUUGCCUCGUACAAGCCUGAAUGAUAUUGAAGAACUGAAGACCGAGCGCAUGGGAUUGAGGAAUAGGAUCGAAAAGAAAUCUGCAUAUCUGCAAGAGCUGGAGGAACAAUACGUAGGUCUUCAAAAUCUGAUACAACGGAAUGAGGAAUUAUACCACACUGGAGAUGCGCCCAGUGGAGGCGUGGCAUUACCUUUCAUUCUUGUGCAGACUCGCCCUCAUGCAACUGUUGAGGUGGAAAUAUCAGAAGAUAUGCAGCUGGUGCAUUUUGACUUCAAUAGCACCCCAUUUGAGCUCCAUGAUGAUAAUUAUGUUUUGAAGGCAAUGAAUUUUUGUAAUAGGCAGCAGAGUGAUGAUGCGACACAAAACUUAACAGUAGAUGGAGGCGAAGGUUGUAGCAUGUCAGGGAUGUAUCAGCCACAGAUCCCUCUUGCUUCAAUGAACACACCAGUUAGAGCACCGCCCAUGUCACCGCCCCGUCCCGGAAUACUGAAAUCACGUGUCAAGCAUGAGCACCAUGGACAAUAGUGUUAGCAUAUGUGUAUAUUGUGGAGAGUAGUUUGCCGGAAGUGAAUAGGUCAUCCCGCACCCUCAUGAUUGUCGUUGGUAGAUAUUGCCAUAAGUUGGAUGUAGUUUAGGUUGCAAAGAAGCAGAUGAGUCUUGGUUGGUUUGAUAUAACUCGGGAGGAUGUUGGCUGUGGCAAAUGAGUUGCUUUGCAUUGCAUGUCCAAUAUGUGCUAUUGUAAUUUGUAUCCCAUUCUUUUGCCAGUUUUACUGUUUUUAGGCCUCCGUUCCGUCGUAGUAGAAUUCAAAGUGGACUGUGUAUGUUGUCUGAUGAGAAUUGUUCACCUACAAGAUUAGAAUGAUACGAUUGAUUCGACAGUUUCUUC